AUGGCGGACGUAAACAGUGAGGGAAAAACAGAUGCCUCUCCCGCCAAGGAACGCAAGUUUUCUUUGACACCGAUAGAGGCCAUGGCUGAAGUCGACAAGCUCAAAGAAAGGGUUCGCUCCCUAUCUUUUAGUAGUACGAUCUCAGGAGAAAGUACUGACAGUGGCAGUUCCGUCACACGACCACUCGUGAAAAAGCAGGACGAUUUAAUAGAUUGCUUGAGUGUUAUGCGGCGCUUGAUGGAACAGGCAGAGGGUGAGAGCAAACGAAUGAGGGAGGAAAAACUUGUUAUUGCUUCUAAAAUCAACAGUUCUCUUACUGCGGUUAAUCGGGAGGUGGAAUAUUUGAAGGCAGAACUUAGAGAUCAAGACAAGAGGCUGUCGGAGCUGGCGAGCAAUAAAUUAACUUCUGAAACGAAAACUGAUGGUGCUGGAUCGUCUAAGAGUAUAGUAGAAGAUUAUAAAGAAGACAAUGAUAGAUUACGGUGUGAAAACGAGUUUUUAACCAGAGAACUCAACGAAUGGAGAAAUGGAAACACAGACUUAGAUCAGCUUCGGCAAAGGCUCCAUUCUUGUGAACUCGAAAUUGCUCGAGCUAAAGAAACGAUUUCUUGUAUGAAAAUGGAAAGGAAACGUUUGAAAACGGAAAAAAUGGAUUUACUUAAUCAAAUGAAGCAGGUUUAUGGAAUAUUGGAGGUAAAGGAAACAGAACUUAGAGAAUUUAUUCAGAAUUAUGAACAACGGAUGUUAGAAGGUGAAGAACGAAUUAAGCGCCUGGAGAGCGAAAAGCGGACUUGGGAUAAGGAGCGAUGCGAUCUAUUAAGAGAAACCGAUAGCUUAAAAUCACAGUUGGAACUGAAAGACGUACAGCUGAAGGAAUUGGAAGCUGAUUUUUUCGAAGUGAAACGACAUCUGACGGCUCUGCAAUCUUCGCUCAGCGAGAACAAUUCACAGUUCUUUUUUAAAACGAACAACUUAAAUGUGGACACCGCAGGAGGCAAACGUACAUGUAGAACGAACGCCACGAAUAUUAAGAAGAUAAAUUCCCUGCAAAACUUGAAAGAUUCACCAAGAUCCCCGCUAAAAAACGGAGAUCAUUGUCCUGUGCCAGUCCCAAGAUCACCAGUGGGGUCAGUUUCAUCAGACUCUCAGUCUGAUUUAAGCCAAGCCCCUACACCAAAUGACUCAGAAGUCUUUGAUUUUGGUGUUCAAACCAACUAUGAACAACAUGACCCAAGUAAGAAGAAAAUCAAGAGACGUUCAUCCUCACUGUCUAGGUUUUUUUCACGAGGAAGGCAACGAAAGCCUCUCUUCAAGCCUUUAGUUAAAGAAUUUCCAGACAUUGAUAAUGUGGACAAAACUCCAACCAGCAUGAGUUAUGCCGAGAAAAAGCGUGUGUGGGAAAUACACAAAGACAUCCCAAUGGUUUGUUGGAAAGCCAAUAUGGUUUUAGCCUGGCUAGAGGUGGAGUGCCAAAUGCCUAUGUAUUCACCGAUGUGUUAUGACAACAUUAAAAGUGGCAAAGUGUUGUUGGAGCUUAAUGAUACUGAGCUUGAAGCUGGACUUGGUAUGGGUAACAUAAUGCAUCGAAGGAAAUUGAGAUUAGCUAUUGAGGAUUACAGGGAGCCCUCUUCUGUAAAAUUUUCAGAGAUAUCCUCUGUAGAUCACCUUUGGGUGUCCCGCAUAUGGAUUAGAGACCUGGGUCUCAGCCAGUAUUGCUCAGCAUUUGAAGCUCAGAUGAUUGAUGGAAGGCUUUUGAAUGUGCUCACAAGAAAAGAUAUGGAGAAACAUCUCAAUGUCAGCAAAAAAUUUCAUCAGUCAAGUAUUCUUCAUGGUAUAAAGUUGCUGCGGAUGAUGGAGUUCAACAAAGAGUUGCUAAUGGAGCGUAGAAGAAAAAGUGAAGAAAAUGACUUGGAUCCUCUAGUUUGGACUAAUGAGAGAGUUGCUAAGUGGUGCCGUUCUGUGGACUUGGGGGAAUAUGCAGACAGUUUGAGGGACAGUGGUGUCCAUGGAGCAUUGUUGGUCCUUGAUCAAUCGUUUGGAGCAGAUGAACUGGCUCAAGCUCUUGGCAUUCAUUCAUCCAAGAACAUUAUCAGGAGGCAUCUUACCUCUGAACUGUUAUCUGUGUUAGUCCCUGCAAGAACUGCAGUGGCACCCAGUGAAACUGAAAUCAAAAACAAGGAGAAACAGAAGACACGUCGAUCACUGAGUUUCAACUCUGGCAGCCGAACUAGUAUGAAUUCAGAUAUCAAAAGACACAGCUUCAGAGAUUCAUUCAUGACUCAUAAAAAGAACAGACCGACAAGAACAAGUAGUACUGGCGAUGAUUUGUCAAACUCAGAUUACUCUGCGGUACAAAUGAGAACCUCGCUUAGAAGGUCUCGCUCGCGACCAAAGUCGUCUUUACAGUAAAGCGGGAAGUAACAGCAAUAGUUAUUAACUGGAAAAAAAAAACUGGUCAAACUUCUUACAAGCUAACCUUAAAAGGGUUUUGGCUUUCAACGGGUCUGUUUCGUGCGUUAUCAACAUUUUGUAAGUACUCAGCCUUUGUCGAAAGGAAUUAAUUUCACUUUUGUUUUAAAAAAAAAUCACCGCAGUUUUUUCUUAUGACAGUGGCGGGAUGUCAAAUUGAUAACACAGUUCAAUGAUUUCUUGUCCACAAUAACCUGAAUAAUCCAACAGAAGUUUUUUGCUGAAUCAUUUCCACUCUUCCCUUCUCUAAGCGGAAUUUUCUGGCGUUGUUAGUUGUUGCGAUUGGAAUUUGGUCAUAUCCCUGAGACGACAUUCAUUAAUCAUAUGGAGUGCUCCUUUGCUUUCGUUUUGAUUCUUGUAUACAUUCCAUGGUGCAUAUGGCCUUGAUAACUUCAGUUGAGCUUUGUUCAUUUGGGGUUACAAGUAGUUCGAUUUCAAGAACGAAACACCACGAAACUAUUUAAAGUCUUACUUUUGAUGCUAGUAUCAUGAUGAUGCAGCCUGUAAUGAGAACUUGUUUUGAAGUAUACGUACUUAAUAUUCCAGUGUUGGGUGGGGGCGGGGAGGGAAAUUUUUCUCGUGGAGUGAGAGGCAGCGUGCGAAGCUUUUGUAAGAGACUUUGAUAUGAGUGAGAUGACGUCCAUAUUACGUAUCAAUUGAAGUGUUUGUUACACGCAUGGACGGUUUUUUACCCCUAUGACUUCCACUUUUAAAGAACUAUUUUUUUGUUUUCCCGAAUGAUUUGUUUAUGUCUAGACUAUAUGACACACAAAAUGACACAAACACCUCACUGAUCACUGUACAGUUUUAGAAAUUUAGUCUGGUUUUAGAAAUCACAGGGAAGUGCUUUUCCCUGUAGAAGAAUUUCGAAAAAAAGCACUAUACUUGUAAGCUAAUAACAUAGAUGGAAAUAAGGUUCUCUAAUCUUUGAAUUUCUUUCGUCACAAAACGUUCUACUCUUUCUAAUUGUAGACUGUAUUAUAUGCACAUAGUAAAAUUUUAAUUUUAACUGAAUUAUUUUAUUUGCAAGAUUCUAAUUUAUUGAGUAGUUAUGAAUGUCAGCAGAAAUUUAAACUGCCGAGCACAGUCUCAGAAAUAAUUUAUUUCACAACUUUGACUUAGAUGUUUCUUGACUGAAAGAGAAAAAUUUACGUAAUAUAUUUAGAAUUGUCACUGUGUUGCUGGUCGAUUUUGUAUCGCAAGAAGGCUGAAUAUUUCUUUGUUACACUGCUAAUUCUUAGCUGCGUAUACUACUAUUCUUUCCAUUCUCAGGACAUUCUGCAAAUUUUAAAUUUGUUUAGUACAGAUUGAUAGGUAUAGUCUUAAAAUGUUACGAUGAGAACAGGAGCGUAGCUAUAAAGGGAGGGGGGUGGUCCUGGAGCGCCAUUAAACCUCACCCUCUCCCCAUU